GUCUCGCUCGCCGGCAUUCGAAAAAUAACACGCAACCAAGCAAUAUACAAAUCAAAAUGUACAAACAAGCGCUGCUAUUCGCUGCAUUUCUAGCCAUAACAAACUGUGAGGAGAAGCCGUAUAAAACACACCACUAUGUCGAUCCGUUUGCCCUUUUAGAUCGGCACCUGUCACACAGCCUGACCUAUUUAUGGCCGUGGAGUCAUCUCAUCAGAGCUGCUGCUGCUUUGGACCUGGAAGACAAUUUAGAAGACCCGCAAAUAAUAUCUGAUUCGGAGCAAUAUCUUGUCCGACUAAACGUAAGGCAUUUCAAACCGGAUGAACUAAAAAUCAAAGUCAAAAACCGAUAUAUGAUUGUGGAAGGCAAACACAAAGUUCGCAACGAUGACGAUAAAAGGUAUAUAGCCAACCAUUUCAUGCAACGGUUUAUUUUACCACCUGGAUCGAAUCAGGAAGAAGUAAAAGCAGUUUUGAAUGAGAAGGGCAUCUUAACAAUAUCUGCGCCAAAACACGAGCUCCCGCCACCGCCUCCAGAGAGGGAAGUGCCAAUCGAAGUAAUUGAACCAAGUGAACAAAAGACAGAAAAACCUGUUGAGAAGGUUGACAAGAAGGAACCAAUAGCGGCGUCGUCGCCUACUCCUCUAGAACAGUUGGAAAUCGAAGCAACAACACACGUCGGUAAAAUAAGGAAGAAGGAACUAAAAACAACGACUAAAACAACAAAGGACAAUGAGGUUACGAAAGGCGGUGACGGAAACGGUUUAGAUUAUGCGUUAAUAGAAGGUGAAGAAUGAACUCGUAGUGUCAUAACUAGGUUAUGAUCCAAAGACUGGUUUCGAGCUUUAAGUGAGUGCGUUGUGGAGUGUUUAAAAUAAAAUGUUAUUUAUUCGA